ACCAGUGUUUAGGUUUAGGGGGCAAUCACUUUUUCACACAGGGCCAUGUAGAUUUGGCUUUUUUCUCCCUAAAUAAUAACAAGUUUAAUGUAAAAACUGCAUUUUGUGUUAAGUUGUGUUGUCACUGACUAAUAUUUAAAUUUGUUUGAUGAUCUGAAACAUUCAAGUGUGACAAACAUGCAAAAAAAGAAGACAUCAGGAAGGGGGCAAACACUUUUUCACACGACUGUAUGUCUUAGUGGGGGUGGCUGGUGGUUUUUUCCUGGUAAUAUGUACCGAAGAGUGCCAGUAUACAUUAGUCAACAGAGAUAAGGACUGGCGAUGUUCUCUUCAGUCAUGUUUUAUAAUGAAAAUAGGGAUGAAAUAUACCUGACAAAAUGGCUAAAAUGGCCCAUUCCCAAAACCCUUGAAAAAAGGGACUUCUCUUGUUGCAAACAUGUAUCCUGUAUGUCUAAAGAUAACUGAGUGACAUAACAUAAAUCACAGAUGAGCCUACACUGGAUUGCUGGCUGUCUGUUUGCUGAUACAUGUGCUUACUUCUGCUCCAAAUACCACUCCACCACUGGCCUGUAUUCUCCCAUAUACAGUACCCACAUAUAUGCUAUGCACACAUGUGCACAUGUAAGUGGUUGCAUCAAGCGGACGUUUGCAUAAUCAGCAGGUGCACAAGAAGAAAGCAGUGAAGGACAACGAAUGGACUUUAUUUUGUCAAACAAUUCUUAUGCCCGCAUGUUAUGCCAUAUUUGCACCGAAAUUGAGUAGAUUCUUGCUUGGCACGAACGUCAUGAAAGUCAGCUGUGUAGAUUUUGCAUAAUCUUGCUAACUAACUUCGUACAACAACAGACAGACUGGGAUCAAAACAAAUGCCAGAAUGUUUUUUUCUUGUAUUAUAGCAUAGUACUUAUGGGAAUAUCUUAUAGUGGCUAUACUGUACUGGCAUAAAAACCAGAUAUCAGUUCAUACCGGUAUCUGUUUUUCUGCCCAUAAAUAUAUCGACGGGCAAGUGAUGACGUUGUGCUCCACACAGCAACAAGCUUGCUAGCUCAGUUUCACCUUGAGAUUGUAAAUAUGCAAUUUGCAAAGAUUGAUUAAGUGCUGCGAGGGGGGAGUAAGGCAUCUUUAUUCAAUACUUCUGAUCUACUAUAUGAAUAAAUAAACAGUCCACACUGAGCAUGAGCGAAAGAAGUCUUUAACAAUAUGUUAUUAUCUUUGUAUAUUCAUUUGGUUGUGGUUUGCAGAGAUGUAGAAAUCAACUGAGUCUUACUGAGAGCUGUUCGUCAUGUAGGACUUAUUGCCAUUAGUUACAGGGGAGGGGCAUAGUAUUAGAAAGCAUUGCAAGUAUUCUGUAAGAAUUAUGCAGUCAGUGCCUUCCCUUGCCGGUGUCAGUUAAAAGUGAGAAUCAUUAAGACUUGAGUGGCUCUCGCGGGAUUUUGCAGGUGCACCGAAUGUUGUGGCGGUGGAAUGAAUCUCCCUCACCAACCUAAUUAGCUGUUUUGUUUUUUGUUUUCAUCUGGCAGCAAUGUUGCAGUGGUUGCGUUCGUUUUAGCAUGAAUGCAAACAACCAUUAGUGCAUAUUUGCGCUCUGCAAGCCACAGAUUUGUCGACACGCUCCAAGCAGCUGUGCACACACACACACACACACACACACACACUCACUCUACUCUUUCUCUAUCCUUUCCAAUUGACCAAACAGAUGGAAUUGGUCAAUGCCUGACAUCAACGGAGCGUAAACAGCCAACCCGCGACUAACCUGUGGUGAAACUAGUGAAAGUGCAUAACCCUGGAGAAAAAUCCAUUUGUUUUGUGUAACUGAAUUUCAACACAAAUUCCACCAUGGUUUGGAAUAAUCAAGCAAAUAACAUGACGAGCUAAGAUACGGAACUACAUUAACAAGCUGUUCAUUUCAACUUUGCACUCUCAUGACUCCCAAGGCGCACGUUAAAGCUGCAUAAAGUCCCAGGCAGAGUGAUGGCAUGUUUCAAACCAAACAAUCCUCUCCAUCAGGAAUUGAUUUCCCCCUGGUUUCCUCCUUACUUUUCUAUUCUAUUAUUUAUUGCCUAUUUUUAACCUUGUCUGGCUCCUAUGAUCACAUAAAUGUGCAUCUGUAACGACAAUCCUUGGAGCAAAUUACAUCACUUUCAUCCAACAUGUGUUGGAGAGAAGCACGGCCUAUUAAAUAAUCUAAAUCUCGGCUGCAUCCUAGUAAGAAACGAUAAAUAAGAAGCAGUACGAGACAAUCGAGCUAGAAAGAUUAGUUUUAGGUUGGUUUGUAUGGAGAUGAUCAGAUCUGUGUUGCAUUGUGUAACAAGGACACAGCAGCAGAGGUUUAACCAGGCCAGCUUGCAGUGAUUGAUGGUGCUGACACUGAACUUAUUGACACAACCCUGGCAUGUCUAAUUUUUGUGUGUGUCAGUACACAGGCAGCUUGUGUUUUAUGUCUUUCACGGCAUUGAAAGGGACAAAGCUGCAGCAAGGAUGAGCUGUCCAUGGUGCUGAAUGGAACAUCUCCUUUGUAAUAUAAGGAAGAGCUUUUUGCCAUGUUUUGUUGGCAAGAUGCCACAUCGUGACCAGUGGGGUUUGCAUAAUGCGGACAAAAGUAUUGGGACAUGUUGCUAUUUAUAUAUUUUUGUCAUCAUGCCACCCAGUAUGUAACCAUUUCCUUUGGCUCAUUUUGGCUUUUUGCAAGACUUUUUCCGGCCGGAAACAGUGGCAGGAGAAGAAAAAGAAUGUGACAAGAGAAAAAUAAUAUUCACAGAAGGCGGGCUAUGAAGUACACAGUCGUUUAUUUGUCAUCGCCAAUAAGUUAUUGCUCAAUUUACAUACAGAAAUUACUGAGUAAAAUUUUUACUCCAGUAUCUGUGCCAUGCGAUAGGCUGGCGACCAGUCCAUGGUGUAUUCCCGCCUCUCGCCCGAAGUCAGCUGGGAUAGGCUUAGAAGCUUGUAAACAGGUUUCCUAUGCUCUCACUUUGAAAAUAUUCCAUUUGUAAAUAAGGAAACCUACUUUGUGGAAAGUCAACUUUCAUGCUCGGGUCUCUGGCCAUUUAACAGUGAUAAAUGAGGGAUUACUGUACGUGCACUUAAACAUCAAAAUUCAAUGAAAAAUGUUUUCACAUCAGGCUACUACAUAAGCAAAAAGAUUUGUGCAAUUCUUUAACAAAGUACAACUACAUGAAUAUGAUUUCAAGCUGCAUUUUGAGCUGGAAGGAUUCAAAUUUAUUGAAAGCUGUUUGUGCACAGCAGUUUGCACAUUGGUCAGACAACACUCUUGGUAGCACCUUAUCUUGUACCAAUGAAAGUGGUCUACAGUCCACUGCAAUCCAUUUGUCCAGCUUGCUUACUCCCAGAUGACUUUUGUCUUGGAUAUGGACCCCGUGUGUAGGCUGGUGCCACUAUUUGCUCGUACUAGAACAGCUGAGUCUUUGGUGCACAUAUACAUGUUCUUCUCCAUGUUUCCAUAAAUAAAUAUUGUGUAUAUUAAUAUUAAUAUUAAUAUUGUGCCCAAGUGUUGUGCUGAUGUCACUCUAAGCAUGGCGUGCAUCAGUGUUAUCGGUGUGGAAUUAGAACGAGACUGUGACGCCUGGAGUGCAGAAAUAGAAAGGUGCGAUUGCAUUUUUUUAAACAAAAAUGAAGUAAUUCAGAUGAGCAUGUUGGAUCUUCUCUGACUGGUGCAUUUGAUUGCCAUGUGCUUGUACUGUUGGACAAGAAGGAGCAGUGAGAAACUGCGGACUGCUAUGUUUGCUUCUCACACUCACCGCUUGUGAGAAAGCCAACUGAUUAGCAGCCAUAUGCUUGUCAUUUGUGAUCAAAACAGUUUUUUGUUUAAGUGAGCGUUAUUUUUUAUGUUUUAAAUUGCAUUAGUGAUUGAUUUCAUUGCAACAAUUAUUACCUCUCUUCUCCGAGUGAGGUGUUUUUAUCUUCCUUCCAUCCAUUUUUCGGGUCGCGGGGGCAGCAGUCUGAGUAGGGAAGUCCAGACUUCCCGGUCCGCGGCCACCACCGGGAGGACACUCAGGUGUUCCCUGGCCAGCUGUGACACAUAAUCCCUCCAGUGUGUCCUAGGUCUGCCCCGGGGCCUUCUCCCGGCUGGGCAUGCCCGGAACACCUCACCAGGGAGGCGUCCGGUAGGCAUCUGUGAACCACCACCUUAUCAUGGUGGAGGGGUUUGAAUACCUGAGGGAUCGUAGGAGCUAUGUUGUCAAGAGCUAUAUGGCCCUGGUAGGGUCUCCCAAGGUCAGAAGACCCUAUGAACAAACACAAGAGGAGGGACCUCACCCUGGAGCAAGGCCCAGGGCCAAACUGUAUCUCCCCCUGGUAGACCUACCACCUGCGGGGGCAAGCAUAAGGGUCGGUUGCAAUGUGUUUUGGGUGGCGGUCAAGGGCGGGCUCCUGGGCAACCUGCUCUUCGGCGGCCAAAUCUGGUUCUUGGGACAUGUUUUUAUCUUAUUAAUAAUAGAAUGAAUAACUUCUGCAUUCGCCCCAGUAUGAUUCGAUUGUGAUUGAACAUUUUCAGGUUUCAUAGACUGUGUUGGUUUUUGUACAAUAUUAUAUGUUCCAAACUAGUCAGUUUGCCGUGUGCUGUAUUGCUCCACCAAAAUGAGUGCCAAAACAAAGCACACUAUGCUUUGCCGACUCACUUUCCAUGCAUUUCUUUGAUUGUGUCUGCUAAAUAACCCGCCAUGGGGCCAAAGAAUGUUGCGAGUGCCAACAAUUUGAUAAAGAUGAUGAGAAACACUAUUGAGUUCAGGAAAGAGCUCAUCACAAGGUAUGAAGAUGGCCGCCAGGGUGUACGGGAAGUCUGCAUCAACAAGAAGUUCCAUCCUGACAAAGAAAGAAUACAUCAAGAAAGCUAACGUUACAAAAGGGGUAACAAAACAGAGAUCACAAACGACGGAAGGUGAAACAGUAUUGAAUUGGAUCUCGUCAGAAUGUACGGGAUGUCCGCAUCGAUAAUACGUUCCACGCGUUGUUAUCUGCAUCUUAAACUACAAUUACUCUCUGUUAAAUGUAUUUUUUGUGUGUCUGGAACACAUUAAUUGGAUUUACAUUAUUCCUUACGGGAAAAAAUUGCCUUGUUUUUGUUUUUUGUUUUUUUUAUUUAGGUGAGGCAUGCAUUUCUGAAGCAUUCUCUCUGUGCUUGUUAUUCAAAUCUUUUUCAUUCAUCAUGAUGCUCACAGAGCAUGCAGCAAGCAGCUGGCAAGAAAGUUUCUGUCUGUGUGUGUGUGUGUGUGUGUGUGUGUGUGCGUGCGUGUGAGUGCAUGCAAACUAAAUACACACGUGCACACACGCUUUUGUGUGUUAAAUCCUCUGAAAGCCAAAACAUGUUGUGAGCAGGUACUAUAUAAAGGGAGAGCACUCAAAGGGGGAACUUUUAACAAUUUUCUCCAAUGUUUCAUUCAUGAAGACACAACGAGCGAGUGGAGGAACAAGAUGAGGUAGGGACGGCAGGGUGUAGAAUCGUGCGGGGACUGACAAAGGAAAAGAAUAGAAAAAUCUAUGCAGCAUUGUAAGCAGAGGGGCUUCUAAGUGUUUAACUUAUCUCUGCCAAGGAUGCUGUUUCACCAAAACAUUCAGAGAGGUGGAGCAAUGGCCAAGAACAUUUUGGUUCAAAUCCACACAAAGACAUUGUGAUAGUGCUUUUUGCUUCUUUUUCUUUUUGAGACAUUUCAUUCAUUUCUGCAUGAACAAAACAAAACUCAAACAUGCUGUAUGCCCUUAACACAUAAAUGGUCAAGACCUACAUGCGUCUUCUUACUCCUUGCACAAGUUCCAUUAAUAGUUGGCCAGAAGCAAACAUUGUCAGCCACCAGUUCAGUUUCCUGUGGAUAUAAGUUGUGUGCUUUAAACCAAUAGCUUUGUAUUGUAUUUUUAUUUCUUGCUGUUUGCUGAUCUGACCACAAGUUCAUACAUAAAGUUGUCUAGUAGUUUCCCUGUGGUAGUCUGUCCAAUUAUUAUGUCCCUUGUCCUGAUUGCCAUACUGUCAGGAUUUUUUGGUUGAGAAACUACUUGACGGAGGGCAAACUUGUGGCAGCAGGCUGACUGCUUCAUGUGGUUAUGGCAGUCGAGCAGCGGUGGGCAAACCCUUUGACUCGCAGGCCACAUUGGGUUGAACAUUUUGAUUGGGGGCAAACAAAUUUAUAUAUUAGUCAAUCACAAGACAACUGAACAUAAAAUGCAGUUUUUAAAUGAAAAUUGUUAUGAUUAAGGGAGAAAAAAAAUCCAAACCUACAUGGCCCUGCGUGAAAAAAAAAAACAAUAACUGGUUGGGCCCCCCUUAGCAGCAACAACUGCAAUCAAGUGUUUGUGAUAAAUUGCAAUGAGUCUCUUACAGCGCUGGGGAGGAAUUUUGGCCCACUAAUCUUUGCAGAAUUGUUGUAAUUCAGCCACAUUGGAGGGUUUUCCAGCAUGAAGCGCCUUUUUAAGGUCAUGCCACAGCAUCUCAGUAGGAUUCAGUUCAGGACUUUGACUAGGCCACUCCAAAGUCUACAUUUGUUUUUUCUUCAGCCAUUCAGAGGAGGACUUGCUGGUGUGUUUUGGAUCAUUGUCCUGCUGCAGAAGUCAAGUUGGUUUCAGCUUGAGGUCACCAACAGAUGGCCGGACAUUCUCCUUCAGGAUUUUUUGGUAGACAGCAGAAUUCAUGGUUCUAUGUGUCACAGCAGGUCUUUGAGAUCCUGAAGCAGCAAAACAGCAACAGACCAUCACACAACCACCACCAUAUUUUACUGUCGCCACAAGAACAAGACAUCCGGCUGGCCGCCCCCAGGCCCAACCUCCUGGGGAGGACUGCAGGGGCCACCGUACAGCUGGGACAGCAUGAACAAUAGCAGGGAUGGCCGGAACUGUCUCACCAACCAAGUGUCCCAGAGCAGCUCCCUGGAGGAGGUUCAUCUGGAUGGACUACCACCUGCACCUCGCCUGGUGGAGAUGAGGCGUGAUCCUGUCCUGGGUUUUGGCUUUGUGGCUGGCAGUGAAAAACCAGUUGUAGUUCGCUCCGUCACGCCAGGUGGUCCAUCAGAGGGAAAGCUGUUGCCAGGAGAUGAGAUCAUUAUGAUCAACGACGAACCCGUCAGUUCGGCUCCAAGAGAACGAGUAAUCGACCUUGUCAGGAGCUGCAAAGAAUCCAUCCUGUUGACUGUUGUCCAACCAUAUCCGUCUCCUAAAUCAGCAUUCAUCAGUGCAGCCAAAAAAGCCAUGCUCAAGUCCAAUCCGGUCAAAGUGCGCUUUGCCGAGGAGGUCAUUAUAAACGGCCAGGUUCCAAACCCAGUGAAGGACAACUCUCUUCUGUUCAUGCCAAAUGUCCUGAAGGUCUACCUAGAGAACGGUCAGACUAAGUCUUUCCGUUUUGACAGCAGUACCUCCAUCAAGGAUGUGAUCCUGACACUGCAAGAGAAGCUAUCCAUCAAAUGCAUCGAGCAUUUCUCCCUCAUGCUGGAGGAGAGGAUUGAAGGCUGUGGCAACAGACUGCUUCUGCUGCAUGAACAAGAGAUGCUCGCUCAGGUGACUCGCAGGCCCGGUUCUGAUAAGAUGAAAUGUUUCUUUCGAAUCAGCUUCAUGCCCCGCGACCCUGUGGAGCUGCUGCGGAGGGACGCCGUGGCGUUUGAAUACCUCUACGUGCAGAGCUGCAACGAUGUGGUGCUGGAGCGGUUCGGCCCAGAACUGAAGUAUGAUGCAGCGCUACGACUGGCGGCGCUGCAGAUGUACAUUCUCACCAUGACAACCAGACAAAGCCAGAAAGUCUCACUCAAAUACAUCCAAAAGGAGUGGGGCCUGUCACUGUUCCUGCCGCCUGCUGUGAUGACCAGCACCAAGGAGAAAAACAUCAAAAAAGCUCUGACGCACAUCCUCAAAACCAACCAGAACCUCGUCCCUCCUGGGAAAAAACUGACUGCUUUGCAGGCCAAGGUGCAUUACCUAAGGUACCUCAGUGAGCUCCAGCUUUAUGGAGGGAGGGAGUUUAAAUCAAUACUUUUGCAAGGUGAGAAACAAACCGACGUGACGUUGUUAGUGGGCCCUCGUUACGGUAUCAGUCACGUCAUCAAUGCUCGGACCAACCUGGUGGCUCUGUUGGCUGACUUCAGCCAUGUGAACCGAAUCGAAAUUCUAACCGAGGAUGAAAACAAUGUCCGGCUGGAACUGCAUGUCCUGGAUGUCCGGCCCAUCACACUCAUCAUGGAGUCAAGCGACGCGAUGAACCUGGCAUGUCUUACCGCGGGCUACUAUCGCCUCCUAGUGGACUCAAGGAGAUCCAUCUUCAACAUGGCCCACUGCAACAGCUCAGCAGGCGAUGACAACAGCCAGGAUCGUAUCCUGGAAUGGCCGUACAGCACAUCUUUUGGGGACGGUGAGGAGCUAUCAACCAGCCAGGCAGAGCUCUACAGGGAUUGUCAAUAUUCAGACAAUGGACAGAGAGAAAACAGGCUCUCUUCUUACUUCCAUCAUUCUCAAAACCCUGACAGAGACCUUGAGACACGGCAAAGUCCAGUGCCUCCUCCUCUUCCUCCCGCUACCAGACACAAACCCCAAGAUUCACCUCGUAGUGCCAAAGUGUCAUUUAUUUUUGGAGGAGACCCACCUUUGAACAAGUCCAGGAGCUUAGGCUAUGAACGACUUCAGGAGAGUGCUGAAGUACCUGAGCACGGACCACCAUACUUGCACAAUACAGACUUUGGGGCACAGGACAGGGUGCCCUUUCAAUUCAGCGGUUUGACACACGUUUAUAGCAACAUAACAACUGAGGAAGGUGGUGAGGAGCCACUGUUAAGAGAUCUGUUUUAUCGUGACACAACAGACGACGCAGAAGAUGAUGACGAGGCCUCCUGCGAAGAAGACUCCACUGGGGGAACGCCAGUGGGGGACGGAGAAGGGAGAGGAGGACUGGCAACGGCGGCUGGCAAAACUACCUUUCUCACGUUUUCUGGUUCUACUGAUGACAUCAUUGACCUUACAUCGCUGCCGCCACCCGAGGGUGAUGACGCUGUAGACGACGAUGAGGACGACACACUACUGGAGACGCUUAACCUUGCAAUUGCAGCCCCUCCACCAGGCUUUCGGGACAGUUCAGACGAGGACACUGCACCUGAGGGAAGGCCGCUAAGCCUGCAAGAUAAUGAUGAUAUUCCAGUCUCAUUAAUUGAUGCCAUUCCAACGCUCGGGGAGGGAGAAGGAGGGGGACAGAGGCAGCUGGAGAACAAAGUCGUGAACACUCUGCAGGCACUUGAGGCGUUGUCUGUUUCUGACCAGAGGCCUCCGCCACCGCGUCCACCAACCAGCAGUAAUAAUCCAGGUGUUUACACAUCUCAAGGCCUUAGCCCAGAGUCUUCCUCUGACUCCGGCAAUGAGACAAACUCCUCAGAAAUGACAGAACUUUCUGAGCUGGCUGCUACGCACAGACUCAGUGAGAGCCACAUGCGCCUCCUCGUGGCCACGAGGGAGGGAUACCAACCUUUGCUGGAAGAGAAAACAGAGUUUCCAGUUUCCCCCAGUACUGAAGGAACAACCCUGAAGAAGUCCCGGAGUCCACAGCAUCUCCGACCACCCGCAGUUCCUCCAAGACGUAGCCCACAUUUGGACACAAUGUCAUCACGACCAGACGGCGUGGGCGGGAGAUCUCAGACAAACCUUUCCUCCACUCUCCAGCGGCCCAGCUCCACAACGCCAGGAGGCAAGCAUCACAAAAAGUCUGCAGACUCAAGUGGGAAGUAUAACACCUUUAGCACAAGAGAGGGGUACCGGGGGGGAAGUAGUGGCAGCAUCCAUCUUGACUUCAAUCAGCGUACUUCAUUCUGUGAUCGAGGAGGAAGCCAAAGAAGGCACAAUUUUGUUUUGGAGGAAAAUUCGCAAGCCGAGGGCCAUGAUGUGAACAGUCACCCUAGUGACCAUCGCAGAAUUGCUUGUCCGGCUUCCUCAACAUCUGAUCGGCUUUCAGAUGGGACCGCUCUCGGGGAGUGCUCUGCUGAUAAUAGAGCUGUUGAGCAAGAUGAACAUCUAGUUGUAGCGUCAUUGCUGUCCCCAAGUAAAAAACCCAGACUGGGGGAUUCUGACCAAGGAUCAGACAUACAAAAUGAUCAUCCUCCUAUUUCAAGACAGCAAAGUGUUGCACGGUUAUGUGAGUAUCAUCUCGCAAAAAGGAUUUCAAACUUACAGGGUGAAACACAAAAUUCGCUGCAGGGCUCCCUGUGCUCGUCACUGGAUGCUGGUGGCAGUGCAAACAGCAGUGUCUGUGCCACCCCGACCGACUCACCGCUUGGUCCGGGCGCAAUUGAGGCCAAACACCACCGCAUGCAAAGGCACCCUCUGUCUAGCUCUUCUUCAUCAUUACUCAGGGUCUUAAACUAUGAAGAAUUUAAACCUGGACAGAACCCCCAAGCAAAAGAUUUUCACCCCCAUGCGGACCCUGCCCUCCUUCGGAAAAUGUUGCCCAAUAUUCAUGCUCCUUCUACGGGGACUGACCCUGGCCGUCCCUCUUCAGCCACACCCUCUAAACACAAAGAGACUGCUUCAAGCAAAAAGGCAUGUUUCAAAGGGCCAAACCAGAAAGAAGGCAGUGAGGCAUACAGACAAUUGAUCAACUACCUAACAGUAAGCCAAAUGCACCAAGGAGGAAAGUUACACAGUGCAGGCAUGGGGGGAGGUGUAAAAAAGGACACUCGUCGCUACAUCACAAGCAACCCCCAGCUUGUCGAAAUGGUUAAGAAUCGAGGGAACACAAUUGCUCGAUGUCCAUGUAUGCCAUCCUCCAUGUCGUCCCCUUUUGUCCGCCCAAAUUUGGUGAAUCAAAAUGCCUUGCAGCUGACAAAUAGGGAUCAAAAGCCGUACCAUUCUGCCACACUUCCUGCCAAACUUAAAAGAAGCCCCGACACGCACUCUCAGGGCCCAAAUGAUAGAUUAGAUUUGAGGCGGGCAAAUGCAGAAAGGAGAAGCUCCUUUUCUGGACUGGAAAGUGAGCUUGAGACGGGUGAUAUAGACCCGGAGCACUUUUUGUCGCUGUAUAAGAAAGAUGACUGCAUUACCCGUGAGGCCGGGGGAACCAUUAACCGGCACCCUCCUCGUUCAAGGAGCCAACCGAGCGGAGGCACAGAUGACUGGUUCAGAUCAGACCCUAGGGAAAGGCAUGCAUUUCGUCAGCCCCCUGCCUCCUGUCUAAGCGGUCAGCGAGCAGACCUCAACAGCCUCUCAUUAGGAAGGGGUCCUUCAGCUUUCACCAGGCAGGCAUCUACCGGGACCAUGGCCGGCAUUUCCUUUCCAUCCCCACCCCAUCAUCCACAGUCUCCACCUCCUCCUGUAUUAAUUCCAGUACAAUCCAACGCUGCAUCCAGCCACUCCGGAUGCACACAGAAUGCCAUCCAUUCAACCCUGUUACGGCCAAACCAGAACCACAUUCAUGCUGUUAGCCCCAUCCCACCACAAUCAGAUCCGGUCAGCAAUUACUCACAAAGGGGCCGGGAACUAAAACGCAGCUCCAGCAAUAUCACCAACAGUUCUGGUAGUGUGGAAGUUCUGUUUGAAAAUCCCAGCCGAAGCCAGAGCCAGCAGCCCUUGUCACCAUCUGUGCCCCAGCAAGGAGACACUAAAGUCCAGAAGAGGCCCACAAGGAAACGUCUCUCCAAAAGUUACUCCCAAGGCUCAGUGUCAUCCCACACCACGUGCUGGUCCUCAGGUAGCAGGACAGAUAGCAGAAGGGCUUCUGUAGCAUUUCCUUUGCAGAAAGACAAUAAACAAAUGAAGGGCUCUCAAAAACUGGACACCAGUCCUUGGAGGUGCAAUGGACCUUUUAGCUACUGUUUCUUUAAACGUAAAAGUGAGGGAGAAGAUGAUGACAGUGAGUGGGAGACAAGACAAAGCCGUGGUGGGAGCGACAUGGACAAUGACUGCGCUGCGUCAUUGGGUAUCUUCCCCUGUGGCUCAGCAGUGGAUGCAGCCGGAGAGCAACUGUAUGGCGAGGUCCUCAACAACAUGAGCUUUAGCGACCGCCUGUCCCGGGUCAAUGCCCUCAAGGACCGCAUGUACAGCUUCCCUUCUGGCUUCACAGAUGUCCGCCGUGACGCCAGCGAGCUCAUUGCGCUGGUUAGGUCCAGCAUAGGUCGCUGCGAUCGUGGUGCCCAAAUGCCAAUGCAGGAUGUGUCUCAGUCAAAGCAACUCCUCUCAGUGGAGUCCAAAGAGUUAGGCCGGGCAUGCAGGCGGAUGGCACAGGCGCACAGCAGCCCUGAGGAGAUGUUGCUUGCUGUGACUUGCAGCUUCCAGGUACUGUGUUGUCUCUGUGAAGCUUGUAUGUGUCUCGUAAAGGGGCUGAGCGCCUCAGCCUCACACCAACAGAGAGAGGUUGUUGCAAAGGUAGAUGAGGUCGUUAUGAACUAUAUCUGUUUACUCAAAGCAGCUGAGGCUGCAACUGUGGGUGCACCGGGGGAGCAGAGCGUCAAGGCCCUGGUCAGACAUUCCAGUACCAUGUCAGCCAUCGCUAAUGCACUCACACGCUCUCUUAAAACGCUGCUUAGUAAGUAGAGUUUCCUUUACUCCUUUUGCUGUCUAGUGUGGCCUAUGCAGUCAGCAAAAGUCUGUCUUGAACCCAUUCCCAGCUCUCGAAGCUACUGCAGGAGUUGUAUGUUUUUAAUGCAAGGUCUGGGCAGGAUUCAUAUCAGAAUCGGUAUAUAAGACUUCCGCUAUAAUAAACAUAAAAGCAAUCCUCACUUAACUUGCUUUUUAUGAUGUUUUUUUUGUAUAUGUCCAAAGCCAUACGGUUAUUAUAUGAUAUGUACCUAGUAGAAAUCUCUUUACCUGUGCAUUAUGUAACUUAUAUAUAUAUAUAUAUUACAUAGAAACAAUAGUAUUUCUUUGCAGUAACAAUUAUAUAUGCCAUGUAUUUAUCUUUCACUUUCAAGUGCAGUUUUAUUACUGAUGCACACAAUUGUGAAACUCAGAAAUGUGUCAGCAAGGACUCAUCUUAACUGUGUGCUAAAUUCAAGGUUGUAUUUGUGAACGUGAACCGACCCUGUUGUGUUGCAAUGUAAUGAUCAUGCAAUCCAAGAGGAUAUUCCUUAGAGAGUGGCUCUACAAUAGCACCAUAUUUACCAUUGCUUUACAUUUCACCAUUGCUUUGUGGAAUUAUAUAUAUAUAUAUAUAUAUAUAUAUAUAUAUAUAUAUAUAUAUAUUAUAAACUGUAAUAAACUCUAGAAUAAAAAAUAAUUUAUGCACUGCUGUCAUCAUUACUAUUUAUAAAGUAUUUUAAUUUCUUAUGAAGUACUUUGAUGAUUUAAGACUGUAUCAGCUAUAUUUUAAUUGUUUUUACCUUUUUGUGUAUUAUAUUCGUUGGGAUCACCUCCGUGCUUGAACGUUUGUAACUCAACACUAUGUAUCUAAAUGCAGUGAUGUCUGAUAACGAGAUACUUUUUUUAAAUGACGCACAAUCCUAUUAAAACAAAUUAUUUUAAAUCCGUGUUUUGUUUCUUAACUGUGUCCUUUUGUGUAAAAGCUUGCUUUUUUGCUUGCUGUUGACGGCUACGACAACUCAGGAAGUUCAAUCUGUCCCAGCAGUUGCUGAUCCAGUUCUACAUCGCAAUCACCGUCACUACUCAGAGUGAAGAUGGAGAGUGUGGGAGUAGACCAACACCUGACUGCAUGGGUUAUAGACUACCUCACCAACAGACCACAGUAUGUGAGGCUCCGUCACUGUGUGUCUGACAUGGUACUCUGCAGCACAGGUGCCCCUCAGGGUACGGUGCUCUCCCCUUUCCUCUUCACCCUCUACACCUCGGACUUCACACACAACUCCACACAGUGUCACAUCCAGAAGUUCUCCGAUGACACAGCCAUUGUGGGUUGUGUUUCAGAGGGGAAUGAUCUGGAAUACAGGACGGUCAUCAGGGACUUUGUCAGCUGGAGUGAGCUUAACCAGCUGCAACUCAACACCAGCAAGACAAAGGAGAUGAUCAUUAACUUCCAGAGGAAAACAUUUCACUUCACACCGGUGAACAUCCAGGGAGCGGACAUAGAGUUGGUAGACAGCUACAAAUUCCUGGGUGUUCACCUUAACAACAAACUGGACUGGUCCGUCAACACCCACGCCCUCUACAAGAAGGGCCAGAGUCGCCUCCACCUGCUGAGGAGACUGAGGUCCUUUGGUGUGUGCAGGACUCUCUUACGGACCUUUUAUGACUCUGUGGUGGCCUCAGCCAUCUUCUAUGCUGUGGGCUGCUGGAGAGGGGGCAGCACAGACAGGGACAGGAGCAGGAUCAAUAGGCUGAUCAGGAGAGCGAGCUCUGUCCUGGACGGUCCUCUGGACUCCGUGGAGGAAGUGGGGGAGAGAAGGAUGUUGGCUAAGCUGACAUCCAUCAUGGACAACACCUCUCACCCGCUAAAUGACACUGUUGUUGCCCUAAGCAGCUCCUUCAGCAGCAGACUGUUACACCCACAGUGUAAGAAGGAGAGGUUCCGCAGGUCCUUCAUACCGACUGCUGUCAGGCUCUACAACACCUGCACCACCUGAACCAUGUUGUUGUCAAUUUGUAUUCUUUACACUGUACUCUUUACUUGCGUAUCUUGCUCGCUGCUGUAACAAGUGAAUUUCCCCGUUGUGGGAUAAAUAAAGUACAAAUACAAAUACAAAUCAUUCAGUCUGUUCUGUGCACUUCCAUCACUGGCUGGUUUGAAUCUGAAACCAAACAGGACAUGAAGAGACGACAAAGGACCAUCAAAUCUGCAGAAAUAAAUGAUUGGAGCCGACCUUCCCUCCAUAUGUGACCUAUAUUGGUCCAGGGCCAGGAAGCGGGCAGGGAACAUCACUGCAGACCCCACACCCCAGACACAAACUGUUCAAACUCCUCCCCUCAUGUAGGUGCUACAGAGCACAGUACUCCAAAACUUCCAGGCACAGAGACAGUUUCUUCACCCAGGCUGUCACGUCAGUGUUGACGCUGUCUUUUGUUAUAAAUGCAGAUAAUGUCCCAGUCUAUUAGUCACACCCACUUACUUCAAUUGCACUGUCAUUAUAUUAUUAUCCCUUUUGCACAUCUCAGUCUUACUUUUUAAUUUAUUUAUUAAAGUGUCUGUAUAUAUGUACAGGGAGAACUAAUUUAACCGAAGUAAAAUUCCUUGUCUGUGUAAGCACACUUGACCAAUAAAGCUGAUUCUGUUGUGUUGCUGAACGCCAUCGAAAACAGAGGCGAUCGUGUGCCUUUUCGAUGAUGCCUCACCGGAAAAACGCAGUAGAAGAAGAAGCGUAACCGCACCCCCUCUCCCCUCAUAUGCAUACAGGGCGGUUGUUCAGCGCGUGCAGCUAUGUCCACCAAUCAGCUGGCCUAAAGCAGCAAACCACGCCUGCGCGGCAUCUCGUGUGGCGCGCUUCAUUGGCAUUGUGUUGAGGAGCAGUUGAGAAGUUUAGGUCAUACUUACCUUUAACUUUACGGGGAUUUGGGAAUUUAUUUAUAUGCAUCUUAGGUUUACAGCGUUUGUUUGGCGAGCUUGGAAGCGACGCCUGGACCGAACAAGCCAAGUUCACUUAAGUUUGGACCAGGUUACGGGAUAGUUGUUGUUGGGUUCCCCGUGUGGGCUUUAAAGUUGUGCUAACAGUAGCUUACGGGGAACAACAGCUACCCAGCUUCAAAGUGUGUCAAGAAUGGAAGCUGUUUGCCAACCACGACGUGCCUUGGUUGAAAUACCUCCUCCACAGCCCAAAAUUGAAGGUAGGUCGUAAAUGCUGCCACCCCCGUCUUAUAUGCGUCGAAAGUGUUGGUAGUUUGACUUAUGUGUGAAGAAUGUGCAAGUAUGCAAAUGUUAGCUUGCCUUUUAAACAUGUCAAAGGUCGUAAAAAUUCAACUUUGUUUCAAGUGCAUUUAAAGCGCAUUUAAAGCAAAAAUGGCGCUGAUAUCACACUUUGUUUGUUAAUUUGCCACAGCUGGAAUGAGGAGGUCUUACCUGGAUAUUCUAAGUUCCCGAUUGCCCCCAUCGCCACCUCCGAGGGGGAGAAACACAUCAUCCAGCGCGCAGCCUGCGCAGUCACGUACGUAACAUGUUUGGAAUUAAAUUGUUUUGAGUUGUGCUUGCUAGUUUAUUGUAUCUUAUCUUGAAGAGCCGUCCAGACACACAACGAACUUCCGGCCUUCACAAUAAAAGCGCUGCACUCAACAAAACAAAGGUUUCGAGACGGAACGUUUGCAUGGAAUAAAAAUCCUAACCGCCUUUACUAUCACGCAGUGAAUUUUCCCAUUGAUGGCGAGUGGAGUAGGAGUGUGGAGCAGUGUCAUAAGAUGAAUGAAGGCCAAGCCCAGAUGUCCAUGCAACAGUUGGUCCAGCUUAUUAGAUCCCUCAUCUUGGUUGAGGAGAGCCAAGAACCCAGGAUCCUGACGUCAGGC